AUGGAUCACAAUGACUUCGAUUCCGUGUCAUGGAGGAAUGACACUGAAAGCGAAACAUCUGGCCCCGCGAAUAUACACACCGAUACUGAAGAUACCGAGCCGUCCAGCCAUGAUGUCAAUGGCAACAGACGCAUGAGUCUAGCUAGCGAGGAUCAGCUUUUGGCCACGCCUGGAGACAUGACUUAUCUCACAGGCCUCGAUGGAACGUUAGAAUGUACAGUGGACACGCCGUUAAAGGAGAACGAUGGCACCAAGGAUGCAUUUAUUUCCUACCUUGUGACUACACAUACCGAUUUCAAAUCCUUUCAGCGUUAUGACUUCACCGUUCGCCGACGGUUCACCGAUUUUCUGUUUCUUUAUAAAACACUCUAUAGAGAAUAUCCAGCAUGUGCUGUACCACCCCUUCCGGACAAACACAAGAUGGAAUAUGUCCGUGGGGACAGGUUCGGCCCUGACUUUACACAUCGUCGUGCCUGGUCUUUACAUCGCUUUAUCAAGCGGCUUGCCCUACAUCCGGUCCUCCGGCGUGCUCCUAUAUUAGCCAUAUUCCUAGAAUCGCCGGACUGGAAUGCACAUAUGAGAUUGCGGCCAUCUCGCAAUUCUACCGGCUCUUCCGAGGGGGCUGGUAGAAUUUUCGACAAUUUCACGGACACCCUUGUAAACGCAUUUACCAAAGUCCACAAGCCUGAUAAGAGAUUCAUUGAAGUGAAAGAAAAAGCGGACAAGCUUGAUGAGGAUUUGAGCCACGUUGAAAAAGUGGUGUCCCGUGUUACGAGACGGGAAAGUGAUUUGGAAACCGAUUAUAGCGAACUUGCAAUGCAAUUCCGCAAGCUUGUGCCAUUGGAGCCCGAUCUUGAAGUUCCAUUACAGAUAUUCGCUGCCUCAAUAGAGGAAACGACACGGGGCAUAAAAUCACUGAAAGAUCAUACCGAUCAGAAUUACCUGGGCAGUCUUCGCGACAUGGAAGCGUAUAUUGUUUCUUUGAAGACACUGCUCAAGACACGAGAGCAGAAACAGCUCGAUUAUGAAGCCCUUGUUGACUAUCGCACUAAAGCCGUUGGAGAGCGCGAUAACCUUACUAACAAUCCUUCUUCAUACUACGCGACAAACCCCCUCACAAGUAGCCCUGCCUCCUUCAUUCGCUCCAAGAUGGAAGAUAUGAGAGGCCUUAACCAUGAGACAAGUCGUCGAGACCGUGUACGCAAACUAGAGGUUCGUAUUGACGAGCUAAAUCGUGAGGUGGAGACCUCGAAAACGACGUCUGAGAUGUUUGACGAGGAAGUUGUUCGAGAAAUUGCUGAUUUCGAGCGCAUCAAAGCCGUUGAGUUUCGGGAUACUCUAGGUGCCUUAUCACAGAAGCACGUCGAGUUUUAUCAGGGGGUGCUAGCAACGUGGGAGAGGUUUAUCGUGGAGAUGGAGGAUGGACUCGAUAGGGGAGAAGUGAGUUCGCAACAGAAGGACAAACAUAAAGCGCCAAAUGAAUUACGAUAG